AUGGUUAAUCCACGAGCAGUUGCUAACCCAUUCACCAAGAAUGAAAAUCACAUGAGGCGCAACACUAAAAACAAUAAAUGGGUCGCCGUUGAUAGCGAACACACCUAUACUCAACGACGAGCGGGGCCCAGCAGGCCUGUUCAGAUCAGGACGCAGCAAUCGCAGCAUCUCAGUCAUAUCCCCUCAAUGUCAACAAUUUCCGACGAAGUCUCACAAAAACCGCGUAUACAUAACCCACCUCCGCUCCGAACAAAAUCUUCGUCGCCAGGCUCCGGUGCUACCGUAUUUCCCUAUUACCCAUCCACCAUCACUAAACCUGAACCUAGGCCUAAGCAGUCUUGGUGGAAGCAGGGCUUUAACAUAAGCGACACUCCACCUAAAGUUGCUCCAGGUAAAAAUACGACAGGCGGAAGUCAAACAGUCCCAAGCAUUACGGAUCUGUAUCGUACGGCCAAAGAGAUCUAUCAGGUAGGACCAGAGGGCGAAGGCCUGAAAGUUUGGCGAGAUUACAAGCAGUCCCGCAAAGGCAAACAAAAUCAAACUGAAGCUAAACAGGACAAAUCGACAGCACAGGUCUAUCAGAAAUCUCGAACGACUCCGCCUGUCCCGGCCGCACCACUACGACCUUUACCAGGGCAGGUCUACACAGGAUUCGAAGCAGACAAAGUAAUACGCAGGGGUCCCUAUGCACAAAAGGAUUCCCGUCUGAGUGAGGGAGAGUUCUCACGUUCAUCAUGCGAGGUGCCCAUAGCUAUUGACAAGAGCGUGCAGCGAGUCGUUGAUACUAACAAGCCUCUGCCUCCCGUGCCACUAUUGCAAGCUGCACCCAAAACGCGGCAUCCAAUGGACUUGGAGACUGCCUUUAGAGUAGGAAUCGCUGCUGCUAGCAUACAACAUCCAACACAGCAGCGAGUAGGUAACCAAGGUGCUGAAAGCGACCAGCACGUACCGAAAGACGCUCACUCCGGCCCCUGGUGGAAGAGUUUAGCUGACAAACAUUCUGCCAAAGCACAUGAUGGACUCAAAGCUAAGAUCUCCCAUCGAGGGCCCCUAACGGCCUUCAACGAUGGCCGUACGGUUCAUGUAGCCGCUGGGUGCAAUCGAGUUGGCGGUCCAGCAGCCGCCAUCCCUCGACCCGUCAACCACAACGGCGUGCCUACAACCCAAUCUGCUCAAGCAAAGAAGAAUCAGUCGAUGGGUACCAAAGGUAAGAAGAGGAAGAGCUCUGAUGCGAGUUUUGCUUGUCAGGGGCUUGCUGAUACCUCGUUUCCUGCCUCUCAGUCAGCCAUGCAUGAUGACAAGGAGCUGGUUCCUGAGCCGCUGUUCUCUGGCGCGCGGGCGGGUGACGAGGGGAUGCGGGACUCGAUGUUCUACGAGCCUUACUAUGACGUGCUUAAUGAGUACUGA